CACAAUUCUUCUUCCACAUUAGCCAUAACCCAGAAGAAAGAAAAUAAAAAUCUCUCUUCUCUCUCUCUCUUGUAAUAACAUUAAUAAUAAGAAUAAUAAUAAUAUUAUGGGGCUGUGAUUAACUGGGGAUGAAAUUUUGCCUUUUGUCCUUGCAAGGAGCAAGAGGCCCCCCCUUUGUGUCAGAAGAAAAUCUCCAACUUCCAAUCUUCAAUGCUCAUUUUGUCCCUCUUCCAUUAUUCAUCAUACCCAUAAAGUGACUUGUGUCAGAGUUAGUUAGUCCUAGGAUUCAUCACAGGAUAAAAAUUCACCUUAUACACAAACCCUAGCUAUAUAGUUUCCUUUCCUUUCUCGUUUUCUUCUUCCAGCCAUGAAUUCAAUCCACUACAAUUCUACAACAAGGACCAAGUUCGCUCGUAGAUUUCUCAUUUCUCUUUCCAGGAUCAGAAGAGCUACAACACUUGGUCCUCCUUCUGAUGAGGAAAUCCGCAGAAGAACCCAUAGGAUAAAGCUUGCUGCUUAUUCUUCCAUGGCUCGUGCUGUUGGGUCUAGAAGAGCGUGGAGCCGAGCGCUUCUUUUGAAGAUAAGAAACCGUGCUUUGGUCCAUGGGAUUUUGAGAAAUAGAUUCUUGGCUUCUAAGAAGAAAAGGGUUAUCAAAAGAAACAAGGUUUCAACAGAGAUGAACAAGGUUGAUAUGCUUCGAAAGCUGGUUCCUGGUGGGGAAACCAUGGAUGUUUGUGAGUUGUUGGAGGAAACUGCACAUUUUAUGGCAUCCCUUGCCACUCAGGUUAAGGUGAUGAAAAGUAUAGUGGAUCACUGCUCCGAAUGAUAUCAUAUAUUGGAAAAUAAAAGAUUCAAAAACAAGAAUAAGAUAGAGAAGAUGCUGUGUAGACGAGGAGAUGAAUCAAGAUUUGGGGUGGUAAUUAACUGGUGAGUAUCUAUCUAAAAAGAAGAAGAAAAAAAAAAACCGACCUUUAAUAGAUAUGGUAUACUUGUGUAGAUCAAUCAAAAAGGUAAGCUUGUAUGCAAGAAACUCAUAGAAAAUGGGUUUUUUUCUUUUUGCUUGAAUGAGUUUUGUUUUGUUGUACAUAGAUAAAGUCUGACAGAUCUAAUCGUAUAUAUAUAUUUGUAUACUUUCUUUAUCAGUGAUGAUUCGAUCUGUCUUUCUGGGAA